AGACCAUAUGAAGACAGCAGAGAAGUAUAUGAUGUAAGAAAAGUUCUGAUUAUAUGUAAAUUUUACUUUUUUCAUUUUAUUGACUCUUGAGGGAAACAAAGUGACUUAACGUUAAAACGUUAGUGAAAAUUUACGCGAAGUUUCGACUUAAAAGAUAGGAAAUUUUGAAGUUUAGAUGUAGGGAAUUAAAGAUGAUUUUUCCAUCUUUUCUUCACCUCAGAACGAAAUGUCGAUGAAAGAUCAGAAGGCCGACUGCUCAGAUGCAAGACAGUUUAUCCAGUCUCGCGCAGAAUGUAUGGAUCUCAAAGAAAUAAGAACCGAACGCAAUAUUAAAGAACAAAGGGCUCAUCAAGUGGCUGAUUACGCGCCUCUCCAUCCAUCAACACGCUCUUGGGAGGUGCCAAGGGAUCGCGUGUCUGUAGAAAAAAUAAUUGGUAAAGGUGCUUUUGGUCAGGUUGCUAAGGGAACAGCUGAGCAACUUCGUGGGAGGCCUGGGACAACUACAGUGGCUAUUAAAAUGCUCAAAAGUAUGAUCUUUCAUAUCGUAAAAAUAGUUUAUAUUCAGCUGAAAUUUUCAUGUUUGUAUUAUUGGUUCUUACUCUCCAUGCUUUUAAGAUGCUUCUUACUGUUUUUUAAUCUAACUGUGAGGGCGAUAAUACUACAUCAUACACGCUUGACGCGUGUGCAAAUCCUAUGCACUCCACGUGUGCAGCAGUGAAACUGCACGUCACCACGCGCAUCUUCGUGUAUUAAAAAAGUGCACGCGUGUGAGUAUGAAAUGCUAACUUUGUGUAACUUUACUCAAAGUUUGUCAUCAAUAACUUAUUAAAUGCGUGUACUGAGAUAAAAGUGUGUGUGAGAAGACAAACAAAUUGGAGUCAGUCUUCUUCGUAAGAAAUCAGACGAGAAUGAGCGAGUCACUGCAUUUUGUUUGGUCUCUUGAGAAUUGAAAACGUGUGUGUUAAGACUUAAAUAUCAAUUUGCACCGCUUCCGAUUUGAAUGAUCGAAUUUUGAAUGGAGUUUUGGAAGUCAAAAAAAAAAAUUGUGAAGCAUCGAUGCCUACCUUAAAUGGCAACACAAUCAUAACUGCUUCGAUGAAUAAAGAAAGUUGAUUUGUUCUUAGAAAUCUUUGCCUAGCAUGUGACAAAAUUUGUCAUUCAAGGGCACCAUUUUACCUGUAUUCGCAAACAACAAAUUCAAUGAUCACAGAAUGUCUCCCGCAACGUUGAUCGGUUUCUCUAUUCCCGUUCCUUUGUGCAUUUCGAUUUCAAUGUUUGGCUCUUCUUGAAAUAAGAAUGAAAGUCAAUUUUUAAGUUCUCUAACAUGCUGCGGUAAAAUUGUGUCAUAUGAAAGGAGCUAAUUAUUAACUCAAAAGUAAGAUUAAAUGAAGGGGGGACUGUUGAAGCGAAUGAUGUUUGAACGUUUAACUGAGCAUAUUUUUAGAAAACAAAUCCCCACAGCUAUAGCAUCUUCAUUAAAGAGUACACCCAAAUGCGUGCAGAGAAUGGCAAGCGAGUUAAAAUACACGCAUUUGGGUGUAAACCACUACACUCGUGUAUUUUUCCUACUGCACGCCCUUUACUUUACGAAAUAAUUAAUACUUACUACUCGCGCCAGACGCACGCGUGAGGUGCUGCAGUACACGCAAAAGGUACUGUAAAUUUUACCUCAGCUUCCUCUAUUAAGUGACAUUUUACCGAAAAGAUCCCAUACUAAUGAAUGGCGCUGGCGAAAUUAAAUCCUUUCAUAUUCUAAGUUGGUUUUAUCUCUAGGUAACGCUGCAGAAUCUGACAAAAGAGAUUUGAUGGCGGAACUUGACACAAUGAAGCAGCUAAAAACACACCCUCAUGUCAUCAAACUUUUGGGAUGUGUUACGGAAUCUGGUGAGCUGAUUCAUGCAACUGUUUGCUUUAUUCGUGUAUGACGGAAAACUUUUGGAAAUUACUAGAAAACGGAGUUCAGGAGGUUGUAGUGGAGAGUUUAUGAGGCUACUUAAUGGCCAUUUUUAAAUGCACUUCAUCAGAAUUGAUUUCCUAUUCUUCACUUUCCUUAUUUGUAUCUCAACCGUUCUUCAGUGAUAGAAAUGUAUUCUGAUUUUUCAUAGUGAUUUUAAGUCUUCCUCCCUCGUAACUUUUUUCCCUGACAAUUUACCGUAACGUGGUUAAAUGAUAAGUUGUCUUACGAUGUAUGUCAUGCUUUACAAUGCAAUAGCACAUCGACAAACUUGACUGACUUGACGUGGACUCAAUUGCAACAUCACUGCAGUAAAUUUUAUCGAAAACAGCACAGGCGGCGGCAAAUAGGUUUUCUCCCCACUUAAGUGGCAGUUCUUUGUUAGGCGGUCGCGUGAACCACCAAGCUCUAAUAUAAUUUAGCGCUGACUAUACAACGUUUCAGUCCCAAUUGCAGGUAUUUUAUAUAUACAUUUUACAUAUGAAGCGAGAUACCAUGCCUUGGUUGAUAUAUGUAUAUGAGAAAAAAAUUAUACACUUCGAAAGGCACAAUUAAACGUUAAAACGUUUAUAUAUAUAUAUAUAUAUAUAUAUAUAUAUAUAUAUAUAUAUAUAUAUAUAUAUAUAUAUAUAGAGUAAUCAUUUCGCAGGUUAGGGCGAUACAUACAUAUAGGCCCAUACCGGCCUGUUUCGUGAUAACUCACUCAUCAAGGGAUUUUGUUGUCAAGAAUAUUCGUAACCAUCGUUUAUAUGCUUUACAAAUUUGCAUACUAGGCGUGGCGGUAAUUUAAAUGCUUUGUUCACUUGUUACGCAGCAACGCUUUGUUUCUGUGGCGGCAUGAGGACACGAAUUCAUAGCGUUUAUUGAGUGAUGAUAAUUCAGGUCGGCAGAUGAUGAGUAAUUUUUCUUUAAGGCAGAGGUUGUAUCUUUUGCUCGCGCUGUUGUAGGGUGAUCUUGAUGAAAGGAUGCGCCUUGAAAUAAAGUGGUCGAUGUUAUUUUCUUACUAGGGUCCAGAUAUGUUUUCUGAGUUCGGUAGAGUUUCUGUGUUUUGUGUGUCGGAAUGAUGCUGUGUGGUUUCUGUAUCUAGUCAUGGUCUGAUGUCACUAGGGGCAGCUACGACGGUGCUUAAACAUGCGAGCUAGUAGGAAGUUUACUCCUUUCCCAACUGCGAAACUUCAACAUCAACAUCGGACUUUACUGAGACGAAGGACCGGCCAUUUCAAACGGCACACUGAGAGGUAAAGAAAACAGCGAAAAGGGUACAUGCCGCAUCUGUAAUCACAAUGGGCUACGGAUCACCAUCGUAUCACAUCUAGACCUAAAUAACAUUGACCACUUCAUUUCACAGCACAUCCUUUCAUCAUGAUCACCCUAGAGCAGCGCAAGCUGGUCUGUUGUUGGCACUUUUCAUAUCGCCUCAUUAGGGUAUGUAUUUAGUACCAAUCAGAUCCCGCAUUAGUUUAUGCACGUAGCACUGAUCAGAUGGCUGCAGGAGGGUAUGUAUCUUGCUAUAAUCAGAUCAAUGGUUCAUGUACUUCGUGGGGGACUUCGUCGCUGUGAUUUGUGGGGCUUAGAAAGGUCGUCAUAGAAUUCCUCUACCAUUUAGAUGUGUUCUGUGUACCGCUUCUUUUCUUACAACGCACACGCCGCUAGCAAAAGGCCGAACAUUAGAUUAUCACGGAAGCGUUUGUUUUGUAUAAUCUUAUUUUGAUGGCUGGUGAAAACUACGCAAAGCCUUUGCAUAAAAAAAAUUGUGCUAAAAUCUUCUUUAUGCCUUGUUGCUGUUCUUUUGGCGAAGCUUGAAAAGAUCACGCUUUGUUUUUUUUUUUUCCCUUUUUCUUGCGUCCCAUUAAUUUCAAACGGUAAUUUCCCGAUACAGUUACGUGUUUACUUUUAACUAUGAAACAGUUUUAAUCCAAUGAAAUGUCAUAUUCCGGCAAACAUUCUCAAUUUAGCGACAUAAUCCUACCAAAAAUCCACAUGCUACUUAGGAUGUUACUGUUAGACGAUUUCUAAGCAAUUUUCCCGGCCUCCACGUUUUGUGCCAAUCAAAUUCGCUUUUGGCUACCUUGGACCUCACCCCAUCACGUGUCAAUUCCUUGUAAAGAACCUGCAUUUUAUCAUUUAUUCCGCACGCACGCGGCAAAGUCUAGAUAGACAACAGCAAAACAAAGGAGCCCACGUUGUUAUGCCCACUAGAAAGCCUUCAAACUAUAAUACUUUCUUCUUUGUUCAAAUAUUAUCACUUGUUCAAAGAACAGAGACGGAAAAAAAAUUUUGGUUAGAAGUUAUUGGAGAUAAAAUAGAGUUUCUUUAGUCGGUUUGCUUUCCACAGCGAAAUAACGUGGAAUAAUAUUUUUGAGGCAGCUAGCUGUAACUGAAUAAUUUCGAUCUUGUCUUUGACGAAGAAAGUGAAGAUAUGAGAGUUACCACGGCAGGCCGUUAUCAUUAGUGCUACGGGACGCGAGUUUCCCUGCCCGCGGAAAUUUUUGAGACAAUCAGCGCUAAUUAUCAGUGCUAGACAGUUGGCUCGCCACUAAGGCAAUCUCGCCACUACUAAGUCGCCACUAUUAAACUCGCCACCAAGGUUGCUAGCUAAUUUGAUAUAAAUCCAAAGCAUUAGGUGACUCUUCAGUUUGAUCUUGAGUCUCCUGGGCAUCGCCGUAAGAAUGUUACGGGCAAUACCGCAGAGCCGUACUAAAGGCUCAGCAGUUUUUUGAAGAUGGUGGAAGGUGAGUCAAAUGCGUGUAACGAUCGGAAAGGCACCAAUUUGAUAUGAUCAAAGAUGACAACAAGAUAUUAAACGAACUAUCAGACGAUGAAGUCUAGCCUGUAUAUAUUUGGAAUGUACAUCAAAGGAAAAGUGAAAUUAAAAUUUCAAUCGAAUGCGAACGAAGAGCAAGAUCGAGAAGAAAUGUUAUCGAUCGCAUGCAUGCCUUCACAGCCACAUAACGGCUGUGAAGGAGAGUACAAUUUUAGCAUACAAUUAUUUAAGUAACAGUGACAAUAGACCACGAAAUACCUGUUUUUUAAUUUGAUUUCAGAUAAGUCUGAGGUUUUUUUUCCCUCUCCAUCGAAGAUAUUUUUGUUGAAAUCUUUUGAAAAUGAAACUAUUAUUCUUUUACAAAAAAUGCAAACAUCAGUUACUUAGUGACCCAUUCCAACCCACCCAUCCCAAAAGGUAACUCUUGCGUGCGUAGCAUGCCUAAUAAAAUGUCUCUAAUAGCUUUGUUUAGCAGCUGUUUUAUCACACUAACAUAGUUACCAAGCUGGUCAGACUGACUUAGCAUAGUGUAACCGGAGACAAGUUAGGUACCAUAGUUUUACUAUGUAAUGAAACUCCUUAACGUAAAAAAAAUCCUUCAUCAUUUCUUACCUAUUUUCUUAGAGCCACUGCUGGUGUUGAUAGAAUAUGUUCCUUUUGGAGACCUUCUGGGCUACCUGAGAAAGAGCCGUGGACUAAAUGACACUUAUUAUAAAGACCCGGAUAUCAAACCACAAACAAGCUUAAGAUCACAGCAGCUGAUGAAGUUCGCAUGGCAAAUUGCUGAUGGCAUGAGCUACUUGUCGUCGAAAUCUGUAAGUUUAAGAAGUUUGGAACUAUUUGUCACAUUAAAUCAGAUAGAAACGGUUCUUUUCUUUUUAGAAGUAAUUCUGCUACCUCAAACAUUUACAUAACACGUAAUUGAGGAAUUUCGUACCUGUCGAGUAUUCGAGUGUCGAAUAGUAGAAAGAUGCCUCUACAUCUUCUUACCAUUGGACGGGACACUUGUCUGAAGGGCACACAUAUUUGAAUAGUGACAAUGAUAAUAGUAAUGAUGACGAUGACAAUAAUAAUGAUAUUUACAAUAAUGAUAAAUAUCACUAUCCUUUUGAGCUGGGGCAAAUAAUCAGAAGAAGUGCUUUUGUUGGCUUGUUACUGAAGGAAUUUCGGAUUUCAUCGAUUUCAUUGUGGUUACCGCCUCAUAUUGGAAGAGAAGCCACGUAUGUUGUCGGAAUUAGUGAGUUUGUGAUGGCAAGUAAAAAUAGAAUGCCGAAUUUCACCCGAUUUCGACCCGAUGUUUCCCGGUGUUACUUAUUUUUUGCUUCGGAGUAUCUGAGUAGUUUGAUAUUCGCACUGACUUCACAGCUGAGUUAUUUACUUUUGGGAUUCCUAGCCUAUUGCCUCUAAGGCAUUAUGUUAUCGUCCCUGUAAGUCCGUAAGUAAAUAAGAAAUUGCGAGACUUUUCGGAAGCUGUUGAAGAAAUCUCAGGCAACCACUUUAGAAUUUACCUGAAUUAAUUGAAUCAAUUUUCACCCUUUGACACCAGUUUUUUACAACUGAUACCUAGUAACGUUGCAUCAAAUGUCACCUUAUGAGUCAACAGAUAUGAAACACGAGCCAUAGGAACAGUCAGAGUUCACUGCUGACUGACUCGAUUCAAUCAUCUUAUGUAAACGUUGGCGGCUACCGCAUCUGAAAGAAUGUUCUCAAUAAUAAGAAUGCUGAACUUCUCUCUAUAGUUUGCCUCUGACUAUCUUCGUUGUUUCACAUUCUUUCUCCAUAUCAUCUACCACAACCGCGUUUUAAUCAACGGAUAAUGGCUAGUUGAUCCGAAAAUUAAAAUUUGUCAGGAUUUGCCUCGACACUACGAAAUACUUUAAAUAAAUUUACAAUCUCUCCGAAGCGUAAUUUUAAUUACGAACAAGAUAGAACUUGUCCUUGCAAAAAAAUGGGGAAAAAGGUAUGAUCUACCCGUCAUGGAAACUUUCAGGGGAAAUGUUCCUCUUUGUAGAAAGAACAUUGUGUUGUCUGAAACAGCCACAUAUGCCCGAGAGAGACGCUAAAUUUGGGAAGCGAGCAAUGAGCGAGGUUUAACAGGCUGAUCCUAUUCAGCGGAACGAUGGAACGGUAGAUUGUUGCAACGGUGGUAUGACGUAAUAUCCUUAAACACGAAAUGACGGAAUGCCUUGUUGUAAGAAACAAAAGUCUCACAAAAAUAGAAUUGGGCUGUAAUAAGAAAACUAUUUUUAAAGAACAGGCAAAAUCAAAAGAAGCAUUGUCUGAUAAUUAUUGGAGCUCAGAGGAUGGAGGAAUCGUGAGGCUUUUGAGCUAGUUCCUCUUAAUUGUCAUUACCAUUGUUAUCAUUAUUAUUAUUCUUAAUAGGACUAUUUGUUACCGUUUAAUUAUAUGUCAAUUAGUCACUAUAUUCUUGAAUCAUCUUUAAUUUCUCAUGUGGAACUGGGUAAUCAUGUUAUAUAUAUAUAUGUGGUAGUCAUAUUAUAUAUAUAUGUACAUCACAUUAUACAACCUCUGUUAGUGUUCAAUUCUAUAAAAAUUGUGCUAAAUCAGUGGCUACGUGUAAUCUCAGACUGGCGGGCUAUUUUUUUCUCCUUCCUGUUAGAUCAUCCACCGAGACCUCGCAGCUCGUAACGUGCUGGUCGGAGAAAAUGAAACAUGUAAAGUAACAGAUUUCGGGAUGGCUAGAAAUGUGCAAGAGGAAAAUAUCUAUGAGAGAAAGACAAAGGUAAUUAAAAAGAAAUUGGCUUUGCUUCAGUCCAUGACAUGUAUUUGUCAUGCGUGUGCUCUGUUCUGUUGUAAACCACGUAGGAGGCAGCUAGAUCACGAAGGAAGCUAAGUGUAGGGAGAAACACUUCUUGAGUGCUCCAGCUGCUUUCUAAGUGCUUUACAACAGAACAGAGCACAAGCAAGGCUUCUCUAUUUGUUUCAUAGUAAAUAAUCCUUUAAAUUCCCCACGCGUUACUUUUAGUUUUCAAAACCAGCUUUAUUUCCAAAGCCAACAACAGUGUCUUCAGCAUACUCUAUACUCUCAUAAGGCACGCUACAAUAAGCUUAUCAGAAUCUUUGUUCAAAUAAUCUGAUUGGUUGAACAAGACUAAAGCUGUAAAAAAUAACAAACCAUCAAAGUUCACAAUCUGCAAUAGUUAACAAAGUAAAAAGUGAAAUAUGCAGCGACAUCCGACCGAAUUGUGGCUCAUAAAAGCACGUAAGUUUUUUCUUAGACAAUUAGAGAACAAACUGCUCGAGGAGUGUGUUUUAUGAAUGAACGACAGCCUAAUUCACUGGAACAUGAAGAUUGCUCGAGCUCGGAAUGACAGCAUCGUUAAUUCGGCUGCUGUGACUGAUGUGGCCUUCCAGUCAAUGCAUCGGAAAGAGUAUUAGAGCAGGCCCUUAGUUGUUCACUCGAAGGCGGCCGAUGUAAUAUCUGAGGCUUGCUUCACUGCGAUGACCGGGGAUCGCCAUGAUGAUCUAGCCGCGAUGGACCUCAGCAGGAUCGCAGUCGCUCUGACACUGUCAUUAUUAGUAGGAAUUUUAACAGUUAUGCCAGUUUUGCUAUAUUUUUCAUCAUUCCUGUUUUGUUCUGUUUUGUUUUUGAACUCGAAACUAUAUAUACUGUAGGAGUAUCAGUUAGCUGUGUUUGAUUUUUAUUACCAUAAGUAAGUUUGCAAAUCCUGCUGAGCGUUACUAGGUUCAAAACUCAGGCUGUCCAUUUCGUUUUCUCCUUGAAGACUUUCGUUUCUGCUUACGUUAUGAUAACGUAAAUUACGUCGCUAGGCAUGUUUACAAACCUUUGUUUGGCUCUUCUGUUGCCACUUGCCGGCUCGCUUGUUCCGAAAAUUCACUAUAAAUUAACCCAAAAAAAAAAAGCUAAGAAGAAGUCCCAGAAAAGAUCGGACAUAGAACGAUGUGGGGGAUGGCGUGACAGCUUUAGUUCAGCUUUAUACACUGUACCCUGAUAGAGAACGCUCUUUCAACCAAUGACUACGCGUGUCAUAUCUGGACUUUAUAAAAAUAUAAACGUCUUGAGAUUGUGUAUACACUUACUCAAAAGUUCCUAUAAUAAAUAAUGAUACAUUUGACAGGGGAGUGCAUCGCGCGUUAUCGGGAUCAAAGUUACCUUGCAAACUUUAUUUCAGUUUUAAUGUUGAAACCUAUCAUUUAAUUUACAACCAUUUUCAAUAAACAGUCUUUCUCUAUGCAGUUCAGCCAAAAUUGGCUCAGUUAAGUAAGCACGGCCGUGCAUCCAUAACAUGACGUGUAUAGUUUCACCUCUACAGCGAGUUCCCGUCAAGUUUAGCGGCGACCUUUCAAACCUUUCAAGAAUGUUAUUCCUUUCCAUUCCGAUUAAGAUAGACCUUUUGGCGCUUAAAAUGAAUGGUAGUUCUGCUAAACAAUACCCGUUUUGAAAACAAUGACCAUGUAGCUCUCUCAAGCGACAAAAUUAGCUUUGGAGUUAACGAUACUUUUUUUUCCCAAACGCGUUGCUUCACUGAUGAGGUAUUAUGGUUGAAAACAAAACUGAGUUUUCCGACUUCAACUGAAGCUUUGCGACAUUGUGGACUUUUCUUUAGAACGGUAAAUAUUAUUUUGGAAAUGCCCCAAAAGUGUUGUUCAAAAGAAGGUUUUGUCGCAGUUUCAAAAUUAUACAACUUUCAUGACAAAAAACUACGCAAUCUUUUUGUUAAGCAUGCUGAAUCGACAACGCGUUCUCGCGUAGGCAAGAAAUUCGUCCCCGUCAGUUUUUCCCUUCUGAGCAGAAAAUUUUACAAUGAUUUGAAUAAAGAUUUUAUCUCGAAAUAUUUAUUGGUCGUUUUUGUUUUGUCCUUUAUCCACAGUUGUUGGUUAGAACAUGAUUACCUGGUAAACCCGAAACAGUUGUGAUAAACUCUUUGCUUCGUGCACAAUUUGUGCCUUUAUGUCAGAGUUGCUCUCGGCUGCGCCUGGAGCAACUCUUACGCUUCUCUCGUGGUUUCCAAACUUCGCACGCUAAGCAUGAACUAAUUAUUUAUUUAUCCGAUCGCCUUAGCUCUUGCUUUGCUCGCUAUCGAAAUUAUCUGCUAAUCGAUUGACCUAUCACAUUUCCUGUGAACAUAAACGCGUCAGUUUUCUGUGAAUUCCUCACCGAUCACGUUUUCGUCACAAAAUUCAACCUGGGGCAAAAGGCCACUGCAUCCAUUCCAUGAUGCACUUUUGACGUAUUGUCCGCUGGCCAGAUAACAAUGGAAGUGAAAGAUGAGUUGCAUCACUACAGUACAGGCUUAGUUCUUGGAGAAUGUUACUCCUCACGUUAUCAACCUUUUAUAGAAAAUUAGGGUUAUGUUUAAGUGAUGAUGUAGCUGAUACUGUGUUGCAAAGACUGCGAAAAGUGCCUGUCAUUUGUUAAGGAUAGCAGCCAGUGUGCUUAGACAUGUAAUCGAUGAACUCACUUGAAAUGAUGUCAAUUCUGGCAGACGCUGAUUAAAAUUAGCAGACAGUAUCGUUUUCUGUAAGUUCAACAGUUGGGUAUAUAACAGUGCUUUCCCAGCUUAAUUCGAGGUAGAAGUUUUGGAGGGGAUGAAUUUUGGUCAAUGUUGAGCGUUUGUGAAUUUUGAAGUUACCCAGGGGACAGAGUAGGAAAGUGUAGUUUCUUGGAAAGAAAUUCCCGCCAGAGUGAAUAUUUUCUUCAUUGAGAAAGGAGGCAUGGUUAAUGCACUGGUGAUCCUGAAUACCUUAAAAGAGCGUCUCCGAGUCACAUAGUCGACCAUCUUCCUUGGCCUCAAUAUUCUUAACCGAAAUUUUUUUCCAAUCAAAAUUUUAAGGGUCGCCUUCCAGUAAAGUGGACAGCUUAUGAAGCGCUGUUAUAUGGAAAAUAUACCACCAAAAGUGAUGUGUAAGUCCUGUGCAAUGAAUUUUUACUCCAUUUUCCAUGUUCUUAACUAUUAAGAUGUACUUGUGGCGGUAGUUUCAUAGCAUUUAUUGAUAGUGCUCCACAAGUCUGUAGUAUAAUCAAAUUAUGUAUGUUGCUAAAAGUUGUAAUACUUUCUAGGGACAGCAAAGCCGAAUGUUUUAAAAUGUCUGAUAGUUAUUGAAUUUUCCGAAUUUUUUUAUUGCCUCAUAGAUGGAGCUAUGGAGUUGUCCUUUAUGAGAUUUUUACAAUAGGUAAUACUUAUUGAUUAGUUUUCAACGAUUUACAUUAGGCCAGCAAUAGAGAGAGUCUCAUGCCCACAAUAUGUUUUAACUAGGUUGAUGUUUUAUAACAUUAAAGGGUGGCUGGGGUUGGCCUUUGAAGGGGAUCUUCCAUUUUCCAUUUCACUUACGAGAUAAGGGUUAAACUUGGGAACAGAGAUUUUCUUUGCGGGUUUACUCACAAGAAAAAUCCUCGGCAGCGUAAUUUUUCCGAUCGUUAAAAGUUUGGUAUUUCAUCUUUUAAGGGAUCAUUGAAUCUCUACGUUUGUCUUUUUGUCAUUCAGUGCCACGAAAAUGAGGGAAAUUCAAAUGAUGCACAAAUUUUAAAUUAUACGACUCACUGCUGGUGUGCAUUGGUUUUCCCGAAAGAAAUACCCGAAAAGAAUUUACUUUAAAGGAUGCCAGUCGUUUCGUGCCCAGCUCGGCCGUUUCUUACCUAGAGUUAUAAAGUAUGUUUUCCGUGUUAAGACUGUCUAAAGUAUGGUCGGUUUUUUAUUGUGAAUAGCGAUAUUACUUGCGUUAAAUAAGUUUCUUAACAUGGUGUCCAUUUUUGAAGCGCGACCACCGAGUGUCCAAAUUACAUUAUCAAUUCAGUCGAUAACCUAAACCCGCCGAGUAUAAGGCCUGGAACUGAAAAAGGGGGUCUGGGAGUCAUAAGACAGACGCGAAGAAUAUUUCUACCGGAAAUAUUUAUACUUUUCUCCCGUCCCUAAUUAGCAUACAUUAUAACAUAAUGCUUUCAUUUAUUUUCUUUUAGAAUAGCAAUAACAAUGGUAGAAAUAAUAUCUCACUUACACGAGCUGAUAUUGUUAGACGAGGUCACAAGUAUAAACAAUAGAUUUUUCCAAUGAAAAUGUAAGACUUACCUUGCACUAAGCAAUAAUGUUUCAAAUAUACACAAUAUAAUUUUCUCUGUACCUCUAAUACUCGCUUGACUCUACUACCUUGUUGUACGGAACAAUUAACAUCUGUUCACGCGCUCGCGCGAGAGGUGUUUCGAAUAAAUAGGAAGAGUAAAAAUCAGGUGAGAAUCGAUCCGAGGCUUGGGUGCGACCAGACUCAAACUUUGGUGCGAGCCGACUCAAACUUAGGUACGAACUGACUCAAACUUGGGUAAGAAACGACCGGGUACGGAAGGACCGGAUACCCUUUAAGAGGCGUUCUCUCUGACUAAGAGGACCCGUUCCAUGUCAUAUAUUAAUUUUGAUCAUUUCUUCAUUUGCCGCAUAAUAAUCCAAGCAUAGCUAUAGAAUUCUGCUUGCGAUGCAAUAGUCUUCUUUAUAUCAGGUGGUUCACCGUAUCCGCGGAUGGAUGGCAGAAAAAUUGCCAACUUACUUCAGCAGGGAUACAGAAUGCCUAAACCACAACAUGUGGAUGAUAAAUUGUAAGUGGGAAGUUUCUUUUAGGCUAACACUCUAAUGAGACUUGAAAAUGUUAUUGUGCCUUUGAUUCUACGACUUUUAAGUUAUAUUGAAUAAGUGAUUAAAAAGCCUCAAUCUACUGCAUCUUUUUCUCCAUCAGUAAUUGAAUUUAAUCCUUUCUUUAUGGAGAUUUUCAUAGUUUAAAAUUUGAAAUAUAUUAGCAUAUCGAUGAGUAUAUCCACAUUCGAGAAAAUAACAAGUUAAACAAUUUUGUGCGAUAGCGAUGAAUUCAUCGUGAAAACAACUCAUAUGUUUCGUUUCAAUUUGAUUUAACGUACCAUACGUAUAUCAAGUACCAACCUGUGUUAAAUGAAACGUAGGUACGACUUAAUGUUGAGAUGCUGGCAAGAUGACCCGGGUACAAGACCAACCUUCUUUGAUCUAAGAAACCAGCUCAAAACAAUGGAAAUAUUGCACAAGGUAAACUUUUUGCAUUCAGUUAUCUUAUGAGGGGUCAUUAUAAAAUACGUCGAGUUAUUUACUUAUAAAAUUUUCAAUAACAUCAAAAUGAUCAUGAUAAACUCGGCAACUAUGUGCCUUUACUCUCCAUCAAGUUGCUUAAUCAGCCAACUAAGAACAACUGAAGACUUCAUAGUUGCCAAGCGUUUGAGCAUUUAAUUAGAUAAAGUCAUGCAGAAAUAAAGAAUUCUUGAUGGACAUUAGGAAAAUCAUCUUAUACUUUUCUUUCGUCUACAGAGGCUGAUCAACAUGAAAAUCUACAACAAGCAGUUGUACGCAAACGUCGAGGAUUUGGUGGAGUAG